AUGAAGACUCUGCUGGCCGUCCUCUUUGUGCUGCUCGCCGCCGUCAACAGUGUGUUUUCUUGCACGACGGCCAAAUGUGAAGCCAAGGCGCUGAAAUGCCACACCUGCGUGGCCGGCAACAUGGACGAGUGCAACAAGCAGGGCUCCACCACGUGUCCCAACCACGCUGAUGCCUGCUCGACCAUCACUGGGCCCAACUCGGUGAUGAAGUCCUGCUCGUACAAGUCCUUCUGUGACAAGGCCCACAUGUCAAACGGAGGCGUCAAGCUCGAGUGCUGCUUCACUGACGACUGCAACGGACCCCACCGCGCGCACAGCUAUGGCUACAGUGGAGCAACGACUGUCGCCUCGAGCUCCACGCUCGUGAUCGGAGCCUUGAUCAUCCGACUGGCAGCUAGUGUUCUGUAG